AUGCAUCCCGAUCAGGCUGCACAGGUGCGAUCAGAUAUUUUCUGUUACCACGUGAGACAGACAUGUCAGGCCAUCAUUGAGUUUGCACUAGCAAACAACAAACCCUUUGCUUGCAUCCCGUGCUGUUUGUAUUCCAACCAACCGCAGUUUCGGUCGCGCAGGCUCGGCGAUGGCCGUCAGGUCCGCGACUACGAAAGCCUCGUGGAGUUUCUCUCGAGCAUGGCGGAGGACAUUCGAGUGGAAACGCUGCCAUUCGAGGGUAAGAACAAAGUAAUAUACCGCAUGAGGACGUGA